AUGGACCUAAAUAAUUCAUUUGUUAAUAUGAAGGAUGUUAUGAAUAUCCCUGUACAAGUUGAAGGAAAGGAUGGAGAUAAGAAACAUAAUAACAUGAAUGAUAAUAUUUUAAAUUUUGAUUGUUCAUAUGAAAAUAUUUUAAAUAAUGAUAUUGAAAGACCACAAGAAAUAGAUUGUGGUAUGUCAUGUACUAGUUCUUUUGUUGAUAGUAAUGAAAAAAUGGUGAACGAUAAUUAUAUUGAUAAUAAUUAUGAAGACAUAAUAAAUAGUGCCCAAGGGGAGAAUAAAGAUAUUAAUCAUAUGAAAUUCGAAAAGAAAGAUAUAAUAAAUGUCCCUGAAACUUAUUGUAAAAACAAUUAUAAUUAUAUGUAUAAUAAUGCCUUAAAUCUUUCUUUUAAAAAAAAUAACGAUAAAAUAUAUAUGAACAACUUUGGAAAUAUUAAUGAAAACAAUAAGGAAGAUAAUAGUAAUAAUAAUUUUGUGUUAGAUGAUAACAAUUUAAUGUUAAACGAAGGAAACAUAAUUAUAAAAAAUAUGUAUCCUGUGGAUAUGAAUAAUCAUAAUGUAGGUUCUGAAAUACAUGAUAAUAAUGAACAUUCAUGUAUUCUUAGUAAUAAUGGUAAGGUGCAAAAUGAAUUUCGACAUGAGGGGAAUUUAUCAAAUGAUCGUUCGGUUUAUGGAGAAUUAAUUGAUAUGGAUAAUGUGAAUAAUAUGGAUAAUGUGAAUAAUAUGAAUAAUGUGAAUAAUGUGAAUAAUGUGAAUAAUGUGAAUAAUGUGAAUAAUGUGAAUAAUGUGAAUAAUGUGAAUGAUGUGAAUAAUGUGAAUAAUAUGGAUAAUAUGUAUAAUGUGAAUAAUAUGGAUAAUAUGGAUAAUAUGUAUAAUGUGAACAAUAUAAAUAGUGUGAAUGAUUCAAACUGCAUACACCCAUUAAAUGCACCUUCUAGAAAAAACAUAAAAACGAAGGAUGCACAAGAUUACUUCUUCAAUAAUGAGAAUAUACAUUGUGUGAGCAAAAGCACGACGUAUAUAUUAAAUAUAGGGGAAAACGGUAGUACAUGUAUAAACGAUAUAAUAUCUAAUAGUAAUAAUUCUACAAGCACAGGAAGUAAAAAGAAUAAAACGAAAGAAGAAAAAGAAGAAGAAGAAGAAAAAGAAGAAGAAGAAGAAGAAAAAGAAAUAGAAGAAGAAAAAGAAAUAGAAGUAGAAAAAAAACAGGAAAAAAUGAAUAUGAUGGAAAAUAUAAUUCCUGAAAAUGAUAGUACAAAUAAAGAGAAUCAUUAUUAUGAUUUAGAAAAUAAUGAAAUAUAUAAAGCUAUGGAAAAUGACAUUAUAAAUUAUAAACAUAUAAUAUUUCGAUUAAAGUGUGAAGUUCAAAUAAAAAAUAGUUAUUUGGAAAAUGAGAAAAAAAAAAAUGAGGAAUAUGAAAAGGUAAUAGAGAAUUAUAUAAGCGACUUAAAUAAAAACAAUAAUAAAAACAAUAAUAAAAACAAUAAUAAUAAUAAUAAUAAUAAUAAUAGUAGUAGUAGUGGUUGUAGUAAUGUAUACAUUCAGAAUAAUCUACCAGGUGCUGAACCUUUAAACAUUAUUGAAGUUGAAAAUAGACAACUGAAAGAUACAUUGUUAUUAAAAAGUAGUGAAAUUAUCGAAUUAAAUAAUGUAAUAAACAAUUUGAAAAAUCAGAAAAUGGUUUUUUUUAAUCAACUAGAAAAUGAAUUAGAUAUGAGCAUAAAAAAAGAAACAGAAUAUUCAUUUUUAUUACAAUCACAAACAAAACGAUUAGAUGCAGCUAAUACGUUUAUAGAAAAACAAGCUAUAAAAAUUGUUCAGUUAAAGAAAGAUAUGGAAAAUUUAGAAAAUACAUAUAAUAUGAAUUUAAAAAAUAAUGAAAAACAGAUUAAAGAAUUAUUAAAAGAGAAAGAAGAAUUUAUAGAAAUAACAAAAGAAUUAGAAAUUAUUAAUAUAGAUAAUGUAAAGAAAAAAGAAGAAAUACAAAAAUAUAAAGAAAAAUGCUCAAGUUUAACUGAUGAAUUAAAUGAACUAUUAAGAUUUAUUUCUAUUAAUCAACAUGAUAAAAUUGAUACCUUUAAAUAUCAUAAUUUUUAUGAAAGUGAAAAUAUGAUUAUGUCAUAUAAUAAUAUGAAUGAAAGUUUACAAGGUUAUUAUUAUUUCGAAAAAGGAAAUAAUCUAAAGAAAGAAUGUUAUAAUGAUAAAGAUAAAAAUAAUGAAAAUGUUUUAACAAUACAAUUAAAAAGAUUAAUAGAUGAAAAUGAAAUAUUACAAAAACAAUAUGAAGAAUUAAAUAAUGAAAAAAUACAAAUUGUACAAGAAUUACAAUUAAAAAAUGUCAUAAUUAAUAAAAAAAAUGAAAAUUAUACUUCACUAUUAGAUAAAUAUAAUAUACUAGAAAAGGAUUUUGAACAUAUACAUAAUUUGUGUAUGCAUUUUGAAGAAAAAUUUAAACAAGAAUGUAUUAAUAAUAAUAUGAACAAUGUGAAUAAAGCGAACAAUAUGAACAGUGUGAACAAUGUGAACAGUUUAUCGUUCGAGAAAAUGAACAGUUUCUUAAACAAAAGUAAUUUCUCAUUAAGUGAAUUAGAUAUAAAUCAUAGCCAACAAAGUGAACAUAAUAUUAAUCAUUAUAAAAUUUAUUGUUCAGAACUAAAAUUAGAAAAUGAAUCCUUAAAAAAAAUUGUCCAUAAAUUAAAAAUCAAAAAUAAUAAACUCUCAAAAAAUAUGGAAUAUUUAUUGAAUGAUUUAAUACAAACAGAAGGAAUCAAUGAAGAACAUGUACAAAUCCACAAAAAUAUAAUAAAUAGUGAAAAACAAAAUAAUGUAAAUGGUGAACACAUUCGUUAUAUGGAGAACACACACACAACAAAUGUUUAUUAUAAUAAUCAUAAAGAUGAUAAUUUUAUGGAAGAAACUGAAAAGAAAUAUUCAUAUACAGAGGAAAAUAAAGCAUAUCAAGAAACAGUUGAUAUAUUAGAAAGGCAUAUUAAAAAUAAAGAAAUGAUAACCACAGAUAAUAUCAAAUUAGAUAUUAUAAAAGAUAAUGACAUAAAAGGUAAUCAUAUAAAUGAUGAUAUAAUAAAAGGAAACUAUAUAAAUGAUGGUAAUAUAAAAAAGGACUAUAAUUGUCAGACAGAAAAUAAUAUAUUACCUGACAAAAAAGACUUUAAUGGUCAGACAGAAAAUAAUAUAUUACCUGACAAAAAAGACUUUAAUGGUCAGACAGAUAAUGUUAUAUCACCUGACAAAAAAGACUUUAAUGGUCAGACAGAUAAUAUUCUUACCAACACAAAUAAAUAUUUAAAUAAAGAAAUAAAUACAGAUGAAAAAAUUGUAUAUGACCAAAAAGUAGACACAAAAGAUGAAAUUUCUUUUAUGAACUCCAGUGUGAAUACUGAAGAAAUAAAUAGAAGUGAAAAAAGUGUUAACACACAUAUAGAGAAUGUAAAUAUUCAGGAGAAGAAUAUUACACAUGAUUUCAUACAAACCGAUGAAAUAAAUUGUUAUAUAAAAUGUACACAAACAAAUGACGUUCAAAGAAAUGAUAAAGGUGUUGUUACUAAUAUGUGUGGGGUACAUGAUUUUAAUAUAAAAAAAAUGAUGAUAAAGAAUAAUAUGUUAAAGAAUAAAAAAAUACAAGUAACACCUACAAAUAUGAAUGCUUAUACCCAAACUAUGAAUACAUUUUAUAAUAAUAAUAAUAAUAAUAAAAAAAAUAAAAAUAUAUAUAUCUAUAAUACAAAUGAUGAAUGCCAUACAGAUAUGAAAUAUUUAAACAAAGGAAGUAGAAAUUAUUCAUACAUAUCAUCUUAUUCUAGUAAUUCUUACAAUCAUAUAUAUAAAAAAUACGAAUCUUCAAGUGAUGCAUAUAUAAUAAGAAAAGGAGAUGGAAAAAAAAAAAAAAAUCAUAUAAACUAUGAAAAGGCUAUAAUCAAAUAUUCUGAAAGGGAUAAUAUGAUUAUGUCCCAAAGUAAUAAGAAAAAAAUUAGACAAAUGCAUAAUGAAAAAAAAAGAAAAGAAAAAAAUAUUUAUAUGUAUAAUAAGAAAAAUGUGCACAGCCAAGGAAAUAAUUCAAAUAGAGAUGUAGAAUCGUUAAUAGAAAUAUUGAAAUAUUCCUCCGAUAGUGUGGACUAUACAAACAAGGAAUAUGAUGAUGCAAAAAUAUGUGAUGAUAAUUUUUAUGAUGAUACUAAAAUAUGUGAUGAUAAUUUUUAUGAUGAUGCAAAAAUAUGUGAUGAUAAUUUUUAUGGUGAUACUAAAUUGUGUGAUGAUAAUUUUUAUGAUGAUACUAAAUUGUGUGAACAUAAUUUUUAUGGUGAUACUAAAUUGUGUGAUGAUAAUUUUUAUAAUAAAUAUUAUUCCAGGUCAAAUAUUCUCUUUAGAAAAAAAAAGAAACUUUUACACACACAUACAAUAAAAAUGAAAAAUAAAUAUGUACAAACUAGCCAUUCUUUUUUGGAUGAUGAUUUUUUUUUUUAUAACCCUAAAGAUAUACAAGAAAAUAUUAAUCAUGAUAAUGAUUUAAGAAUUUUAAAAAAGAAAAUAAGAGAAUACUCUAAAGAUUUAUAUCAUACAUUAAUUUUAUGUGAGAAUUGUAAAGGAUUUUAUGUAGAUAUGUUUUUAAUAAAUAUAUUCAAUGAAUAUAUAAAUUAUUAUAAUAUUAUAAUCGAUAAUAAUAAUAAUAAUAAUAAUAAUAUAAACAAAGAUUCAAUAAAUAAUAUGGAUUAUUAUUUAAAUUUUGAUUCUUCUGUAAGUAACCCUUUUACUAAUAAUAUAUAUAAAAAUAAGAAUAUAGGAAAUAAUUUAAUUAUUGAAAAAAAAAUAACAACUACACGAACUAAUAAAUUAGAUCCUGUUUCUUGUGUAUAUAAUAAUAUGAACGAAAAUUCACAACAUAGUAAAAAUUAUAAUAUUGAAAAGUAUCCAGUCCACAAAAAACAUGCUUGUGAUAAAUAUCAUAUAUGUUGUACUCAUCAAAAUAAUGUUAAGGAAAAAUUAUCAAGUUGUUAUUAUGAUAAAGAGAAUAAAACAAAUAAUAAAAAAAAAAAAAUAUUUAAAAUGGAAAAAUAUAUAAUAAAAAAUAUUCCUUUUAAUAUACAUAUAUGUACAUGUUCUUAUGUUAAUUUGAAAUAUAAAAAAAUUCUUAUCAAAAAAGAUGAAUCUAACAAGAAAAAAAAUAAGUUGAAAGGAAAAAAUUAUAAGGAUGAACAUAAUAAUAAUAAUAAUAAUAAUAAUAAUAAUAAUAACAAUAAUAAUAACAAUAACAAUAACAAUAAUAAUAAUAAUAACAAUAAUAAUAACAAUGUUGAGAAAACAAAUUCUUCUGCUAUUAACAAUUCUGUGUGUAGUCAAAUAUUUAAUUUUAUACAUAACAUGAGAAAAGAAAUAAGACAAAUAAAAUAUAUUAUUCAUACUAUUUUAUUUUUUAAAAAUAAUGAUCCUAUGAAACACAUGCUUCUAAAUAAUAACAAUUUAAAUGAUAUCUCUAUGUGCUUAUUUAAUUAUAUACAAAAUGAAAAUGAAAUAAAUAAUAUGAAUAAUUAUGUAAACGAGAUAAACGAAUGUGAUGAUAAAUAUAACUGCGAACAAAAUGUUUAUAACAAAAAAGUAUGUGUUAAUUAUAUAUCACGAAUAGAUGUUAAAUCAUCAAAUGAUUAUAAUAUAAAUAGUUUUUAUAAGAACGAGAAAAGUGAAUGUAAUUAUAAUGUGUGCUUUGAUGAGGGAAAACAGAAAAAUGAUAAUAACAUAAGGGAUGAUAAAAUAAAUAGUUACAUCAAUAAUAAUGAUAAUAAUAAUAUUAAUGAUAAUAAUAAUAUUAAUGAUAAUAAUAAUAUUAAUGAUAAUUAUAAUGAACAUAAUAGUUAUAAAGAAAGUAGAGAUAAACUCAAUUUUAUUCAUUUUUAUAAUGAUUCUCAUCAAAAAAAAGAAAAUUAUUUUUAUAAUUAUACACCUGAACAAAAUGACGAUCAAUCAUCCUCUUCACAAUUUUUUGGCAUCCCAAAAAAUCAAACAUCAAUAUAUUUUUAUAAAAAAGAAAAAAAAAUGAUAAAUUUUAAAGAAUUCAUGAAAAAUUAUGAAGUCAAGAAUAUUAUGAUUUUCUUUAUCUGUUGUAUAUUUUAUUUAAAUGAAUUAUACAUAAAAUAUAAUAAUUCGCUAGUCACAAAUAUUAAACCUCUUGAUGAUAAUACAAAAACGGAUAUUCAUCAAAGCGAAGAAAGGACUGAAAUUUAUUAUUGUAACAGUGAUAAGAUAAAUAUGAAUCAGGUGGAUAAUUCAAAAAUUAUAAAUUGUAAAGGUGACGAUAAAUCAAAAAUUACAAAUUGUAAAGAAGACGAUAAAUCAAACAUUACAAAUUGUAAAGAUGACGAUAAAUCAAACAUUACAUAUUGUAAAGAUGACGAUAAAUCAAACAUUUCAUGUUGUAAAGAAGACGAUAAAUCAAACAUUUCAUGUUGUAAAGAUAACGAUAAAUCAAACAAUACAAAUAGUAGCCACAUGAACCAUUUAAACCAUGAGGUGGUUACACCAAAUGACAAACUAUAUAUUAAUACAUACACAAACAAUAUGAACCCAUUUGAUAUAUCGAUUUUUAAAGAGGCUGAAAUAAUGAUUGAAGAAUACCGUACAUGUCUUCAAGAGAACAAAAGGAUGAAUAUACUUCAUGAUAUUCUAUGCAAUAUUAUAUUAUGUAUAAAAAAUAAUUAUGAUAAUAUACAUAAUGUAUUUUUAUUAUUUAAUGAUGAUAUAACAAAAAGUGAUAUAUUAAAUAUAAAAUAUAUUUAUAAGUUAAUAGACAAAUAUUCAAAAAUAGAUUUAUAUAUAAAACAUAUAAACAAUAGUUGUAAUGAGAAAAUAAGAAAUACAGAAAAUAACUUUAAAGAAAUAAUUUCGAACAAAGAAGAUUUGAUAAAUAUUUAUAAAGAAAAUAUAAAAAAUAAAAUACAAUUAAUUGAAGAAAAAGAUUUAAUUAUUAAAGACUUAAAAUUAGAAAUACAUAUUUUAUUAAAAGAUAAAGAAAUUACAAAUAAUUUAUUAAAUGAACUUACUGAGGAAAAAAAUACAUAUUUUAAUAUGUAUAUGAAAUAUCAUCACGAAUGGAUACUUAACAAGAAAGAAAUAAUAAUAAAAGAUGAUAAGGACGAAUAUACUUAUACAACAAAUCAUGAGCAUAAUAAUAAGAAAAUAAAUAAUUGUAUUAACCAAAUUAACAAAUUAAAUGAUGAAAUUGUAUUAUUAAAAAAUAAAAAUAAAACCUUGUUAUAUAAAAGAGAUACUAAUAAAAAUACAUCAUCUUCUGUGUGUUCACAUGUGUCAUCACGAUCACCAUCAUCAUCACCAUCACCAACACCAUCACCAUCACCAUCACCAACACCAUCACCAUCACCAUCACGCAUUUCAUCAAAUAGCAUUUUUCAUUUUAAACAAACAGAUAAUCAACAUGUUGAAAAUGCAGAUCCAAAUAUUAUUAUAGAUAAUAAUAAUUCAAAUACAAAAGAAAAAAAAAAAAAUUCUUUAACAAAUAUUAUUUUAAAAGAUAAAAAUGAUAAGUUAAAAAAUCUUCAUAUUAAUGAAAAAAUUUCAUCUACAAUUAAUAUGAAAAAAAUUUAUAAAAUUUUAUUUCUUUUAAAAGAAAAAAUUAUUCUUUUUAUUUUCUAUAUAUAUAAAAAGAUUUAUAAAAAUGCUUACAUUCAUAUUUCAUAUAUUAAACAAUUUUAUACACAAAUUAUAAAUAUUUUUAUUAAUAUCCCCAGAUAUAUUUGUUCUUCUUUUAUAUUUGUUAAAGAAAAUGAAAUAAAUUAUAAUCUGUAUAUUAAAAAUAAUAAAAAUAAUAAAAUAUAUUUACACACAAAUCAUAGCCACAUUUUACAGCUUACUGAUGAUAAUACUUCAUUAAAUAAACAAAAAAUAAAUGAAAAAAAAAAAAAAAAUCAAAAUAUUAAAAUAAAAAAAUAUUCUCAUAAUAAAAGAAAUUUAUAUAAUCAUAAUUUUGUAGAAAAUACAUCAAUUCAAUCAUCCACAUCUCCCCCCAAAAAAAAAAAAAAAAAAAAUUUACAACGGGCUAUAGGAAAACUGUCCGAUGAGGAUUCAUCUAGCAAUGUAUCUCUGUUCUUCGAUUUUUAA